CAAAUCCCACUUAGCGGAGAUUUAUAUAUUUAAUUAUUUUAUUGAUUAUUCUCUGCACUUAUAUAGCGCAUUCGAACUCCACUUAGCGAAGACUCGAACUUUAAUCUGGGGUGACCGCUCUCACGCAGUUCACGCUUCUCUCUGACGCGUGACGCCUCAGACCGGUGACAAUUGGUGACAAUUUCUGACUUGAUUGAAUUUCAAUUAGAUUUAUGAAUUAAGUUUCCUGAAAAUUGUCAGCCUAAUUAUUUUACCGCAUGGAAAAUGGCUUUAAAUCUGAUCAAACAGAUCGCAGUGCUCGGACAACGUUCACUCGCAACAAAAAUCUUGUCGGCAAAAUUCUACACCGGAAGUCUAUAUGAGCCAGAUUAUUUAGAGACAGGAAAAUCAAAAUUUCCACUUCUACCUAUGAUAAAUGUACAAAUUAGGGGCUACGAUUAUCCUGUGCUCGAAUGUUACCAGUCCUUUGUACACAAGGUGGCAGAUAUCAUACAGAUUGACGUAGACAACGGCUGGCCAUUACCACCUCAAGAAUUCAAGAUUCAAAAGUAUAAAACUGGAACGACAGCAAUUGUAUCAGAGUACUCUCUUAAAGUUUAUGAAAGAAAUAUCCAAAUGUCAGAAGUAUCUUGCGUCAAAUGUUCAGUAUUAAUCAGGGUAUUGGAGGCAGCUUUACCACAAGGUGUUAGUCUGAAUGUAAAUAUUUACGAUCCCGUGGUAGAAGGGAAGCGAUAUAUACCAGACAAAGAAUUGAUCGACUUGAAAUCUACGUUAGAGACAUUAAAGAAUAAAACUUGAAUAUACAUUGUGUCGCAAUUAAUGUAGGAUUUAAGUGCAAAUAACAUUGUACAUAUGUAUACUGAUAUAAAAGUAUUUUUUUUUGCCAAGCAUGUAAAUUUAUAAAACAGUAUAAAAGCUUCAAAAAAUUAUACCCAUUGUUAUAUAUCAAAUUAAUUGGUGAAUAAGUGUCUUUUAACUUUUCCAAGAUAAUUAUACACAAUGUAUACAAAAAUUUUAUAAAAAUAUUUCAAUAAACUAUUUUAGUACAUUA